UUAAGCUGAGCUGAGUCCCCGGAUGGCAGUUGCUAUGGAUACAGGAGUUGUCUUCACCUGUGGUGAAGUUUAAAACCAAUUUGUUUACACGGACCCGACUAAUUAACAGAGAUCAUGGAGUCUGAGGAUCAGCUGAACGAACUGCGGCUUCAGUUUCAAGCACUGCAAAAACAGCAGGAAAAAAGGAAACAGGAGAGGAAAAAGGAAACACAGCCAGACAAGCUCAAUGACAGUGGCGCUCAGGAUGAUUUGGAUCUGUCUAACCAAGGUGUUCAGGCAAGCUGUGAUGCUCCCCAAAACAGGCUGUUGCACAUUCAGAAUAAGGCCCUCCUUGACCAAUUGAGAGAGCUAAAGGAUGAAAAUGGUCGGCUCUUCAAACUUCUGAGCGAGAAGGAUUUUGAAAUUAAGCACCUGAAGAGGAAAAGAGAUGAAGAAAGACUGGCUUUAGCAGGUACUUCAGGCUUGGCAGGAGCUGUAGCUGCCACCAAGAUUGUUGAGCUAUCCAAGAAGAAUAGAGAACUAACUGCUGAAAUUGAGCAAGAGAAGAUUAAAUGUAAGCAAAACGGCAACAGAAUCAAAGAGCUUGAGAGAGAGCUGCAGGCCAUGCUGGUACAUGGUGUACCUGGGCAAAAAGUAGAUUCAAAGUCACCAGUUAAGAUCUCAUCUGAAGAAUGUGAGCAGGAAAGUGCACUGGUUAAAUCUCUGCAGGAAAAAUUAGCAACUACCCAAAUGAAGGUGACUGAGUACCGCAACCAGGUGCAGUCUGCCAAGCAGGAGUUGAAAAUGGCACAGAAGGUUCUGAUUAGUGAGAUUGGAGAGGAGGUCAACCUUCAGCAAUUACUAAGCUGCCCUGGGAGCUUUAGAGGUCGAGCACAGCAGAUACUGGCUCUGCAGACAAGGGUACGAGAGCUUGAGCAGCAGCUGAACAAAUCAACACAACAAAGGCAGUCAAGUGUUCUGAGUGGAGAGGAAGAGUUUCUGGGCAUGGGUGUUCUUCAGAAAACUCCUCCUCAGGAAAGAAAUGUCAACUACAUCCGCACUAUAGAGAAAGAGAAGAGGGUAGCCCUUGAGAGGCUCUCAGUGGAUUAUGAGGCGCUCUUGAAAGAACACAAAGAUGUGAAGCAAAAGCUGGAAGCCUCUAAAGCCAGGAGCAAAACUCUAUCUGCUGAAGUCAAAAUUCUGAAGCAUCAAAUAUCAACCCUGAUGGAGAAGGGGAAACACGAUGAUGAGUUCGUGGCUGCUUUGAUGAAGCAGCAGGCCCAGAUGCAGAUGGUAUUAAAACAACUCAGCCAAAAACAAAACGUACAGAGCAAGGUGAUGCAGCAGAGUGUAGGACAACAGCUGAGCAACAUACCUUCAGAGCACAGUGCUAUCAUCCAGAGAUUUAAGGAGAUACUUGCUGAGAAAGAUGCCAUUAUCAAAAAACUACAGAAAAAACAGCAAUUCUCUGAUAAGGUGUUGAAGAACGAUGAUGUGCACAGACAACCCAGCAUCAGGAUAACAAACUGUACUUCUGCUGUUUCCCCAGAAGAGGGAGACAUUACCAAAAGAAUUCCAUCUUCAGGUUCAAUUUCUAAAUUUGGUCACAAACUGGUGCUGCCAGCAGUGGGAAGUGGCAUAGAAUUCACAGAGAAAGUGAUGAGCCACACAUGUUUGGAGGCACAAGCACCAAGAGGAGCACCACAGGCCAGUGAUCCUGGAGGAGUUUAAGAGGCCAAAAUUUGAUUAAAGUAAACACUGUGCAUGCAACAUGGCUAGGACUGAUAUGCCAAGGCUCAGUGACAACAUGAUGUGACAAUAUCAGGAUUUUUUUCUUCUUCUCUUUUUUUUUUUUUUUUUUCUUUUUCCUUUUUCAAUUUCCCCCUUAUCUUUCUUGCACGUGGCUAUCACAGCUCUGUCGGCAGGAGCAGAGUCCCUGAGCACCAUGGAGUCUCUGAGCAACAGGAACUGUCCACAGACAAACCUGAAUAGACUGUCCAACAGUCCAGCAUUUGUAAACACUUUAUUUCUUUGACAACACUGCCUUAAACUGGUUCUGGUUCAGGAGUUUUCUUUCUCCAACCAUAAGAGUUAACCAGACGACAGAAAUAAUGAUGUGCGGCGGUAGACACGCUGCAGACAGCAGUGCUCAUUCUGCCCGUCACAUCGAGGUUGCACGGAGAUGUUCAUGUUGUUCUUGUAUGUUGUCUCUUGGCUGGUCAUUCAGCUGGAGGAAACGCGGGCGCUGAGGGCAUCCCUAAAGAGCACUCUCCACCAUGACCUGCAGCUUUCAGUGACGUGAUGAGACAAGUCAGGCAUGUUUUCCUGGAGGCUCUGUGACAGCACAGACAAGACACUAACCAGGGGAACUGGCUGGUCCCUGCUCAGCCUCACUUCCAGCUGAGCCCUACCUUCUCCUGUCACAUGUGACAAAACAGCAGCCUGCAGGAGAAAGGAAAAAAAAAAAACUCUCCUCUUCAGCCACGCAAACAUUAUAUGCAUCUCUGACUUUCUCUCCAUUUGAGUCCCCGAAAGACAGUUUGCGACGUAAGGUCGGGUGACCUCGGUUUAACGACUUAAGUACCUUGAGUAAAAUAGCUUUCAACUUAACCCUGAUGGCAUCAGACAAGUGUCCCGGGUGAUUGCAGGAGCGGUCGGUGCUGAUAAGACGUCUCCCCGUGGUUUCACAUCUCGUCUGCUCGCUGUUUUAUAAAUGUCACUGUCACAUUUUAUUAAAUAUAUAUUUGUCUUUCCUCGGCUGGUAACCUUAAAUGCAUUACAGGUAUCGAGACCAAUGCUGUCUGUUUUCAAAGUAAAUAUUUUCUGUAAACCAAAGAAACAUCCAAAUUAAUCAGUGAAAAGGAACCGAACCCUCAACAAAUAUUUUCAAUACAUUGUUUACCUUCAUGGCGAUGACUUUGGUUGAUUUUUUUUCUUUCUUUUUUUAAGGUUUUUUUUGGCUCCAUACAGUUGUAAAUAAAUGUGCGACAGGCCAGGCUAAAUAGUAAUCACCCCAGUUAAGUUCCCAAAUCGUUUCAAUAUUCCUAUUAAAUAUUAACACUAAUCAUUUCUGACUUGAAACCAGUUUUGUGGGAAUAGCGGUUGAAAAUAACUGCAAACUCAAGCUGCACAAACUCCCACUGUAGUCCUCUAUACAUUCCCCAGAGCAGGUCACACAUGUACAGUAUAUGGCUCUUAAUCCAAAGGUUGUCUGGAUAUGCCCAGUGGGAGUGGCUCUUACAUUCAUACUAACAUCCGAGUUAUUUUCUUCCGAUGUAGCCAAAAGGGUUUCAGCAGAACAUCCCCCCCUUUCCUCCCUCUCCACAUCACGCUUAAUUUAAAACCAUGGCUGAGUUAGUGUGCUGCUUCAAAUACCGCACUAUGUCUUCCAGGACCCUGUGGGAGAUUGGCAGGUCCCCAUUGGACUGAGCGAGAAAGUGCCACAAGACAAAAAUAUCAGAGUUUGGACAUGAUGAAGAAAGCCUUUAUGCUCAGAGUAACAAAAAACAGCUUGUGUUUGAAUACCUCCUGGAUGGAAGGUGAGGCGCUCUUUAAUGCAACAGAGUGAGACGUGUCACCGUAAGAGCAAGAUGAGAGACGAGAAGAUGAAGAUUGCCAGAUACGUAUCAAGUGAGGAAAUGUGCGUCAGAAAGGGUGUUGAUGGAGCAAAUGCUUGUCACGGUCCCUAACUGCGUCUGAUUGCCAGGAAAGCGUUCAACUUCAUAUGGUUUUUUUGGGGGGUCAUUUUCAAACUUUGCCACAAAACUGUACUUUAUAUGAAGCCAGCGUUUGAGCAUUUUCGCAAACCUGUAAUCGUAUAUAAUUUUAACGCAGUGCAUGACUGCAAGAGGGACAUUAUUUCCAUCCUUUUUCAGUGAGCUUUUCUUUUUCAGACAUGUUAUACUGAAGUUUCAGUUGACCUAAUAUCAGGGAUUAAUGUGACUGCUCAUGUUGACUUCAGUUAUUUAAGAGUGUCAUCACUUUCAAAUAAAUUACACCUUGCCAGACAAUUUUAUUAUUGUUUUAUGUAGCUGUAUUACGCAGAAAGGUGUAGAUUUAUUCCAAAAUGCCCAAUAACCCACCAAACCAAACACAAACUUAUGUAAACACAGCAUACGUAAACAGCCUCACCUAUUUGUCAUUCCAAGUUUGAAUGACUCCUUUCUCCAUCCUUCUCCUCAGAGGUAUUCCCUCGUUCUGGACCAAUGCUUCCUGCAGACCAUUGACUGCAUCCAGAAACUAAAGUAAAUAGUGCAGCUGUGAACGCAGAGGUUAAAGUUAGCCAUCAGUAUAUGAGGGAUCUGUGAACUUUGCUCAGGCCAGAAAACGGUUUGGACCUCUAUGCGUCCAUUCAUCUCCCAGUCCCUCUCAUUUACAUGUAAUGGAAAGAAAAUAAACAGCAGGGUCCUAAUGUGCUCAUUUACAGUAAGUAGAAUUAAAGUAAUGAGUUUUUAUCUUUUCCAGGUCGCGGUGAGGGAAAGGGUAAAGAUCAAAGUGUACGGGGUGAGUUAACGACACUGAAAUUGAUUUUAAAAAUCAGGUGCGGAGGUGUUCACUAAAGCCUCGUGAGGCUCGUGAGCAGAUCCCCUCAGCAUGAUACUCAUUUGUGCCUCUUGCACCCAUAUUUCAAACUUUUUGAGUCUUUUUUUGUUCAUUUUCAAACUCCUUCCUUUGCUUACACUUCGUAUAUGUACAGUGCAGUGAGUCAAUACUGCGUGAGCCCUGUAGUAAUUUCAGUUUGCUCAGAUAUGUUUAAAUACAAGUUGCGUCACUAGAUGGCAGUGUGGUCAGUUAAGUACAGUACUUGAUGGCGACUCCUAUGUUUUGAUCUGAAGCCAAAAAUGAAAUUAAAUGGAUCCUGCAGGAUUUAUGUGACACUAACAGCAAAUAUGUGCAUUAUCAGUUCAUACAGCAGAGUUUAAUUGUCGUUAUUGUGACACAGUUGUCAUUUAAUCAUUGAUUUUUCCAGCUUUUGGAGUUGAUAAAAAGGAUGAACACAGUUAUAAUACAGAAUUAUUAAUACUGGAGACUAAACCAGCUGUGAUGUUUUGGUUGAGAUACUUGAGAGGACAACACACUGAUUCUGGAUCAGAGGGACUGCUUACAAAAAUGCUGUCUUAUGAAAAACUGUAGCUCCUCACAAUCUGUGCUCAAAGUGCUCUGUCAUUGAAGGCUGCGUUCCCCCCCUCCCCAUUCGCUUUAGUAACCCAGUGUUGUUCUCGACUCAUGGCUCUUCCACAUCUAAUCCUCCCGGCAAUUUUCUCACUCUAAAUUGAAUUUUCUCACCAUGUUGUAUCAAACUUGGUAAUAAUCAAUUUCUUCUGGAACCACUCCACCUUAUAUCCGAUGAUGGUCAUGGGAAAUAAAAAAGGAUAAAAAAACUUCUUUGUUUUUAUUCAGUAUUAUUUGCCCAACUUCUUUUGAACACGCUUGUUUCGUCAUAUGUAUGCAUCACCACUGGUGCAGAUAUCCUUUAUGUUCCUGCAAGCAGACUUUCCGCCUGACUGCAGCUGCGUGGCAGGACGUCCUUUAACAAGCAAAAAUUGUUUAAUAAGUCCCUUAGCGAAUGCUUCCAUGUUAGAGUUGACAUUUUGCUCACAGAUAUGAUCACGGUUAAUGAGAUCUGCAGCCUUCUGGAGAUGUGUGCGAGAGCAUCACUGAUAACAAGGGUGUGAUUUUUUUUUUCUAGUUUUACCUUUGUCGGAAAGUUUUAAAGAAAGAGAGAGAGAUGGAAAUAAUUGGGGGAGACAAAGGGGAAUGACACACCAGCUGAGAUGCAGUGAAGCCCCAGGAGGCCAGUUGCUCACAAAAAUGCUGUCUGUGUAUGUUUUCUGAAUAUAAAUGUAUGAAUAUUUGUUUUGACACAACAGUCACAUCCACUAAUUAACACUUAACAGGUCCUGAAGGUGUCUGUGCAAAAUCAUAUAAUGUAGCAUGUAGGCGUGUAAGGGUGGAAAGUGGUUGAAUAUUCUCAGGCAAGACAA